ACUUCAUCGAGGUAUCGUACUAUCGUAGUAGUAAGUACAUAUUCUUCUGUUUCAUGAAACAGAGGGAGUACAGUGUAUCGUUAUUACAUCUUCUCCUUCCAAAGGCAAAUUAAAUCAUGGCGCCAUCGCUGCUCGCGCCACGGCUAGCCGUGCCCUUGCUCCUCGUACUCGCGGCAGCGGCGGCGGCAGAUGGCGUCGCCGACGCCGGCGCCGGCGCCGGCAUGACGCACCUCCACUUCUUCUUCCACGAGGUGUUCACGGCCGGCCCGAACGGCACGACGGCGACGGUUGCUCCGCCGGCGCGCAGCGGCGACGGGAGCUCCUUGGGGUUCGUCGGCGUGGUGGACGACAUGCUCCGGGAGGGCGCGGACCCGGCGUCGCGCCUCGUGGGGCGCGCGCAGGGGGUCACCGCCGGCACGUCGCUCGCCGCCGCCGACGGCGCGGGCGCGAUCACGACGAUGCUGAGCCUGGCGUUCACGGAGGAGGGCCCGUACGCCGGGAGCACGCUGCAGGUGUUCGGCCGCGCGGUGCUGGGCACGGUGAUGGAGCGGCCGGUGGUGGGCGGCACGGGCAAGUUCCGGAUGGCGCGGGGUCACACGCUCAGCCGGCGCGUGAACUCGUCGGACCCCGACAACCUCCUCGUCAUCGAGUACGACGCCUACGUCACCACGUCUCCCAUUUAGCUAGCUAGCUAUAGCCUAGCUACCAUGGAUGGGUAGCUUUGAUUUGUGAUCGAUCUUGUAAUGUGGUUUUUUUCUUGAUCAUAUUCUAAAUAAACAAAAUCGUGUGUUUUGUGAUAUCUGCAUAAACAAAUUCAAUGUUGUAUGCGUCUA